CCGUUGUAUACGCAAUAAACGGGGCACGCUCCUCCAGGCCCUCCUCCUCCUCCUCCCUCCACUUCCCAGUUUCAGACUGAGAAAUCAAUCAACCAAACUCUUUCUUAAACUCUGUCUCUUCAAUUAAAUUUCUCACUCGCUUCUUCUUAGGGUUUUCUUUUGUUGAGUAUCUCUGCAGCAGAAUGAAUCUCAACAUCUUCAAGAAGAAAACUUCGCCUAAAGAUGCACUGAGAACCAGCAAAAGAGAAAUGGCGGUUGCCACGAGAGGCAUUGAACGUGAGAUUUCUUCUUUACAAAUGGAGGAGAGGAAAUUAGUGGCAGAGAUCAAGAAAACAGCUAAAACAGGAAAUGAGGCUGCCACUAGAAUCUUAGCUCGUCAAUUAGUUCGGCUGCGGCAGCAAAUAACGAACUUGCAGGGAAGUCGUGCCCAGAUCAGAGGCGUGGCAACUCAUACACAGGCUCUGUAUGCCAGCACUUCAAUUUCAACUGGUAUGAAAGGUGCAACCAAAGCAAUGACUGCCAUGAAUAAGCAAAUGGAACCUGCAAAACAAACUAAGAUGAUCAAAGAAUUCCAGAAACAGUCCGCGCAGAUGGACAUGACGAUUGAAAUGAUGUCUGAGGCAAUUGAUGAGACAUUAGACAAAGAUGAGGCUGAAGAAGAAACUGAAGAACUUACUAACCAGGUGCUUGAUGAAAUUGGUGUUGACAUUGCAUCACAGUUAUCUUCAGCCCCAAAAGGCCGAAUCGCAUCAAAGAAAGUUGAGAAUGUUGCCCCUAGUGCGACGUCAACUGAAGUUGAGGACCUGGAGAAAAGACUGGCAUCUCUGGUUGACAUAGUCCGGUUAAUGCCAAGCCAGUGUCGGAUGCGUGACCAAACGAAGUUGCUGAACGGACACUCAAAGAAAAGGUGCUUGGCCGAUUCCUUGGUGUUGAUGCAUAGCGAGCACAAAUCCUCCUCUUGGAGGAAUCCAAAAGAACUGCCGUUCGGCCUCGGCAAGGAAGACGGCCCUCUUCCUAAGAUCCCCCAAAGAGUUCCGAAGCGCCACAUCUCCCGGGUUGGAUUCAAGUUGAUUCUGGGCAACUUGCAGGGUAUGAUCAGCCUCUUUGGCCCUGGCAGAAAUGUGGCUGUAAUGCUGCGAGUUGAAUGCCUUAAGCUCGCCUUUAAGUGCUUUCAAUCUCUUGCAAAGGCAAAAUUGCGCCGUUCCAUCCACGCUCAAAUUCUAUUUGGCUUCGACAAUCUCUUUCUUCUUUCCUCCUUUGCUUCCGAUAUGCAGAGCCAGCUUGUGUGCAACGGGUGUAGAACCAUCCUCCUUUACCCCAGCGGAGCUACAAACGUUUGCUGUGCGAUAUGCAACACAGUGACUGCUGUCCCCCAAGCUGGGAUGGAAAUGGCUCAAUUGAUAUGUGGAGGUUGCCGCACGUUGCUUAUGCAUGCUCGUGGGGCAACCAGUGUCAGAUGUUCCUGCUGUCACACUGUGAACCUUGUGCCAGCUGCAGCGCCUCCUAAUAAUGUUGCUCAUGUUAACUGUGGAAAUUGUCAUACUAUGCUGAUGUAUCCAGCUGGAGCUCCAUCAGUAAAAUGUGCUGUUUGCCACUUCAUCACAACUGUUAAUAUGGGUGACACACGGAUUCCUAUUCCUGCACACAGACCUGGGGGGAAUUUCACUUCUGCUUCAACACCAUCGACUUCAACAGCAGCAGCGCCGGCUCAUAAUCAAACGGUGGUUGUGCAGAAUCCCAUGACUGUAGAUGAAAGUGGCAAGUUGGUGAGCAAUGUUGUUGUUGGUGUCACAACAUAGGAUGUUAAUGAAAUUGGACAACCGUGAUUGGUUGUUGUUUGAGAGCCUUGUGGGCUUAAGAGUAUAGAGAUACCUUGUGCAUAGUGUGGCUAUGACUGAUAUGGGAUCUGUAACAUUUGUUGUAAAGUAGGAGAAGCGAAUUGGAGUGUCUUUGUGGGAAUUUGCGUGUUAUUUAGGGUGUUAUGCUACCAAAGGAUUGUUGUUGCUGCCUCACUAUGGUUGGAAGAUUUCUUACAUGACUUUUUAUAGAGUGAUAGAGGAUCCAAACUGCGAAAUUGCAGUUGACGCCAAUUGUAUUAUUAACUUAUUGAAUUGUAGAAUAGACUAACAAAAUUUGUCAACA